AUGAAAGGCCUGCAGCUGAACUCUGGCCGCUCACUCAGCUGGAGGACUGCUUUACUUCAGUACAGCAGCACUGUCCUUAUCGAGCAAACGUUUAGGGACUGGAAGGGCCCCGAGGCUUUUAAGUCUCGCAUUGCUCCCAUUACAUACAUUGGCCAUGGGACCUAUACCACCUACGCCAUUACGAACCUCACUCAGCUCUAUAUGACUGAGGGAACUCAUGGCAGCGUGAAAGUGGCUGUCUUGUUGACUGAUGGGGCAGACCAUCCGAGAAAUCCAGAUAUUUUUUCAGCUACCGCCGAUGCUAAACAUCAAGGCAUUGUGUUCUUCACUGUGGGAAUGACCAGAGUAGCCGAGGAGGUGGCCAACGCUGCCAAACUCCGGCUAUUGGCCAGCGUUCCAGCCUCCAGGUUUGUCUUCAAUCUGCAGGAAAACGACGUGGUGGAGAGAAUCCUCAAAGAAAUGAAAGAUCUGGCAGAAGAAGGGUGUCCUCAGCCUCCUGUAUGUAACUGCGAGAAAGGAGACAAGGGCCUUCCUGGCCCUGCUGGUAAAAAAGGUCGUCCUGGGGAUGAUGGAGCAUCUGGUGCAAAAGGAGGAAAGGGGGAGCCAGGCUUAAAUGGAAUUCCAGGAAGAGAUGGGACAGAGGUAAAUGAAUUUUUGCUUGAGGGAAACCUCUAG